CCUAGCUCCCCCGUAGUUCGCACCCUGGGUAUAAUAUUAAAGACAAAAAAAUGUGAUGUAAGACUAGAAUUCGAGAAAUAUAGGAAAGUAAUAUCCACAAAUUAAUUCAUAAAUACACUGUAAAAAAUUCAGUUGUUUUUAUAGAAUAAAAAUGGCAGCUGUGGAUGCCAGAAUCCUAAAAACAGAUUAAUCCAUAAUUGAUACAUUUAAGUAGCCCAAAAUGACAGCAUUACCAAUGGGUUAAUGAAAUAAACCAGGCAUUUUCUAGAGAGUUUUGGUUCUUUUUUUAAAGAAGUAUGUUUGAAUGGAGAUUAUGUAUUUCUGGCUGGUAAAUGUGAAACUGGAUAUUUAUGUAGUCAUGUGAAUAAGUGUUUUUAGAAAAACAUACUAAGAUUUUGGCGACCAGAUGUACAUAAUGAAAAAGUACCUACAGAGAGCCAUCAUUCUUACAAAAAUUAUUACAAUAUAUGAUUGAAUUGUAAAUAACUAAGCAUUAUUUAAAAUUGGAAUAAAGAUCUAGUAAAGAAAAAAAUUAAAUAAAACACAAACUGAAAUGGCUUGAUAAGUAUUCAACCCACACCUCCAGCUGAACCUGACAAAAUUCCUGGAACAAAGUCAAGGCUCCUGUGUUCAACUGAAAACUCCCUCCAAACUUGACAACUGAGGCUGCAGUGACUGGAGAACUUUCUUGGAGGUCACUGACAGCUUUAUGUCCAUGAAUGUCUGGCUACAGAAAUGUACGAAGAAAAAAAAAAAAAAAAAAAAGCAUUCUAAGCAAUCUUUCCGCUCCCUUGUCUUGGAGGAACUUUCUCAGGAUACCUUCUUAGGAUCUUGUGAUGAGCACUGGCCUUUUUUCAUGACAUUACGGCAAAGCUGAUGAGCACUGACUUAACCUGCAAGCAUCAGGACCAAUGAUGAUGAUGCACGCAGAUCCUCAACAGUUUGCUGAGGAAGAAUUGCUAAGUUAAUUGAGUAAUAUGCUGAUGGUCUUCACCAACUUUCAUCAAAGGGUUUAAGAAUACUUAUCAAACCAUAUUAGAUGUACAGUGCUUGAAGUGGGAUGGUACUCACCGGUAUGCAGUACCAGCAAUUCUAUGCUAUGCUGUUCACGGUACCGGACAUUUUUCUGUUGUACCAGCAGCUCAGAACUCUCUUCUGUCCUGUUUGAGAAAUGCAGGUUCACUGUCUGGCGCGUGGAUGUGGACAUGCUGAGUCUCUCUCGCACAAGCGCGAACACAUUGGGUCUCUUUUCACUUCAAGCACUGGAUGUAUCGAUAUGAAAAGAGUGAAAGUUUUCUGAAAGUACUCUGUUCAAGCUGUAUACUUCUGUCUUUGUGGCCAAUAAUUCAAAUGGAACCACCUUUUAAACUACAAAUCAAUAAAAAGCUACAACAAACUGACCAGAGUACAUUAUUUAAAAAAAAAAAAAAAAAAAAAAAGCUUUUUCACAAUGCAUUUUCUCUGUGGACUGGAAUUGGACUUCAGUGGAAGCAGCAGUUACGCAGUGCAACCGGAAAAAGCGGUCCAAAGACAUGUCUACACGCAGGAAAAAGAUUGCGAUAAAGUAAGUGUACAACACUAAAAGGACAGUACUCCUGUAUGUUAACAUGUCAGUAGCCCAUGCUGCAAUGGAUUUGCAAUGGGUGGAUGAAGAUGGACUCAUGGUUAGAUCUCUGAAAUAAGGCCAUUAUUCAUUAUUUCAUGUGGAGUGGGAACCUUUGCAGAAAUCAUGAAUAUUGGAGAACUUCUAGCAACUUGCAAGCUAUAUUGCGCCAGUAAAUACCCCUCAGUAUGCUUUAUAUUGGGACGCAUCCUCCUCAUCCCAAAUUGUCAGAUGGUUUCUGAUGCAAUAGAUGAAGAAUUCCAAGUGAGAAGGACUGGAUGAUUGCUUUCUGAUAAAGCCUUAAAUCAAGAAUAAGAUGGGACACCUGCAAGCACUUUGACCUCCACUAUGAUGCUUAAUAUUAUACAAUGUGUUGUGUGAUAUGGAACGUGAGUCGAUAUAUCAGUGGCAUGUCCUCAAGUACAAUAAUGCAAAAGAAGCUGGUAGAAUGGAGGAAGAAAUCACUGAAGAUGCUUUCAAGAUUUUUUGGAGGGAAGCUUUCUUACGUUAACAGAUCAAGAAUUGUUGUCAGUGAAAGGAUCACUAACAGACCUGGUCUGUUAGAACUAACACAAAGAAACCUUCAUUUUGAUGCAAAUGCCUAAAAAUGGUCACAGCACAUGGCAUUUUCUUCAGGAUUUGUCUCAAAGGGAUGUUUUUAACCAGCUUGGCAACGGUGCUCAGAUGGUUACGUGUAUCCAAAAGCUUCCAUCCAAAAAUAUUUGGGAUACUUCUCCUGUUUUGAAGAAAAUGAACUGCAGCCUUUUUGAAGUGGAUUAAUUAUGUACCUCAUAAUUCAGUUUAUUUGGAGAUAUGUUCUGCUUCUGUUUUCAUGGAUUCCUAUUUCUACAUCAUUCAUUUGACAAACAUAAAAAGUGGACAUUGUGGCAGCAUGGGCUCUGAACAUGUUAUCUCCUUCCUGUUCUCAAGAACAUACAAUGGAGAAGGCACAUCGAGUAGCACACCUGCCCAACCUUCCACACCGCUAUCAACUUUCCGUGUAUCAAACAAAAAACACCAAACAAAGAAGACUGUUUCUAGGUAAGUAUAGUGUGCGAAUGUGAUCGCGGGUGAUUGUUUUUUCGAAUGAAUAUGGAGAUCAUCAGUAAACACCAAAACUUUGUCAGCAUCAGCAAAGGUGCAAAGACCUCUUAUGAAAAUGCAGUCCCUGAUGAAAACUCUUCUGCCAAAAGCCUAAAAUGUGAUUCAGAAGAAGUGUGUUUUCCUGAAACCAACCAGAACACUGAGCCUUUUUCUGUGAAGGAUGAUGCAACCCAACAUAACAAAAGAGAUGAUCACAAGUUCGCCUUACUCUCCGGUAAAGAGGAGCCAAAUUUGUCAUCUCUCAAGUCACCAAAGCGACCUAACUGCCCACCUGAAGAUGAAACUUUUAUUGUGGAGAAUGACAAAAGAAAAAGAAAAAGAAAAAGCGACUACAGUCAGCCUGAGGACUACAAAGGGUCUGAGAUCGGCUCAGGUUUGGAGGACAGAGGGAACACCCAGUCCAGUUGUGAGGGGAACGAAAACAAGCCACAUAUCAUCCUGUCAUUCAAGCCAGAGCAAAUGAGAGAGAAGAGGUUUUUGUAUGAAACAUUUACUCAAAAUUCAGAAGAUGAACACUCCACUGCAAAAAUGCCUGAUCAGCCAUUUGGAGUGCGUACAUCCUGGGAAGAUUGUGCUGUUGAACAAAUUAAAAACAUUGCUUAUGGGAGCAUCGAAGACUUAAACAAUGACAUCAGUGUACCAAUCAGAAUAAGCAAUUUUGUCCAAUAUGCCAAUGUAAUUGACAUAGUUCACAAAUUUUGGAGGAAUCAGGAAAAGCAGGAUGUCACCCUUUUAGUUGGUAGAUUCUCAGUACGGUUGCAAGGUAGUGAUCUGUACUGUUGUCCAGUCAAAAAAGAUGAGAAAAAUCUUCAUCUUCAUUACAAAAAUCUUUCUUAUGCAACACUGAAACUAUCGAAAAAAAAUGCUAAAAACUUUUCUGAGACAAUUUGGAACUAUAUCAUGGGGAACCAUGACAAAGUUGAAUCUUAUGUACUGACACCUCAAGACGCCACUGCAGUAUGUGCUGUUUUGUUCUCAGAAGUUAUUAGGUAUCCUGACAUGUUUUUCCACAACAUUCUUCUGAUGCAUUAUUAUAAAUCAUGGAGCGAGUUUUGUGACUAUCAUCCCAUGGUAACAGGAGGGUCAUGGAAACAUCAGAGCAAUGAAGAAGUAGUGCCGGAAAAAGUUGUAAAGAGAAAACAAGAAAACCUUGUAUUUUGUGCUAAGAAAAUAAUGAGCAGUGAGGGAAAAAGAAGCACUCUAUUCCAAGUUACCUCCCCAGUUUGAAGAACCAGAACCUUGGAGAACACGUUCAUGGACUUAUGCGGAUCGCAAAAUGUGUUAAUAUAAAUUGGGGGCUCUUUUUGAGAGAGGCUUUUGGGGUAUUGGAGCUGAACAAGCAACGACUCCUAAAGUUUCAAUCAACUAUCUAUCUAUCUAUGAUUUUAUAUACUAUUUAUGAUUUU